CAAAAGUGUGAAUAUCCAAAAUCCUAUAAUCCCAUAACAUUCUUACUUAAAUGUUUGUUUCUCUUCGGUUAUCUGCUAUCAAUCGGAACGCGAAGUCAUGAAUUAAAGUAAGGGAUUAGUAACUGGGGUAAUCGUGGUUUUUCACACAGGAUAUCGGUUUAGUUUAAUAACAAUAAUGUCAACAUCAUUGUGUCCAAAAGAGCAAAUGCUUUUCCCACAACAAUUGACAAAACAUUCGCAAUCACAUCUGCACUGACUUUUCCGCUAGCGCGAUCAAUCAUAACUCUCGCAGCUCCGUCAGUCAAAGCGAAUCGAAUAACGGUACCAAAUUGUGAGUAUUGUUUGUAUUUGAGUAGUGUUUGGCCAAAUUGAGCCAAAUCAUAGAUACGGUACCCCCUUCUGUUCUCAAUAUGAAUUCCCGUGGCAGUAACAGCAGCACCUCGCUAUCCGAGUUGGACGACGACUGGAUAGAAAAAUUUAGUUUGUGUGGUGAUCCAAAAUCUAACAACCGUUCGGAUUGUUAUCGAAUUGAAUUGAGCCCGGAUAUUGCGAGUACCUCGAAAACGUGUGCUGACGAGUUGGGUAACCUUCAGAUUAAACUUAAGCCUUCCGAGCAGCUGGUAACGACGGUUACAGAACGAGGAAAAUAUAUUCUUCCAUUUAUGCUAAUACAGGACGAGAAAGUCCACGACGAAUUAACCACUGUCAGAGGAAAGAAACGGCGCCGAAAGGCGUUGAAAAGCGUAGUAUUCAGCAGCGUUACUCAAGAGCAACCGGUCACAAAUCAUACUAGAGAAAUUGUUGGUGAAACUGCGGUGAAUCAGCAAGAAACUGAAAUAAAGACAGCCAAAGAAUAUGGCGUGCGACGACAACCAAUUUGCUGUCCAAUAUCCGAUUGCCAGGAGCUGGUUUCGCCGGGAUUUUACGCAUCCCACUUGCGAGUUGAUCAUUCGCAAGUGAUUUGCUGUCAGCUAAGACCAGGACAGACGGAUAACUUCUUCCUAGACCCGAGCGUUAAUCAGUACGGCGUGAUUCGUUGUAAUGUAACGAUUUUCUUAACUGAUAAACUAAGAGACUUUGGUUUUGGAAAAUGCCAAAACCAGCUGCCGAUACUAUUUCUGUCUACGAAAUUACCUUGGGAGGAGCAGGUACCGGAAUUGAGGGGGCAAUAUAUGUACUGGUUUACGGGGAUCGCAUCGGAAAGCUUGGACACCGAAUACACACUAGCGAUUGGUUCGCAUCAGAGGCAGCGUGGACUCGUUUAUUCCCUGGCCCACCCACAAAGCGUUGAAGCGGUUUACCAGUCAGGAGCGGGGGUAAUCAUAUCUCAGACACAGAUUGAUCAGCAGUUGCGACCCAAAGACAGUCUGUUACCUGUAAGAUUAUCAUUUGUCUAAGAAAAACUAAUUAUCCAGUGCACUACAAGUAUAUUUUUCGAUCAAAUAUACAUACUCGAUUAGAUCCCGUCA